UCAAGAUGUCGAAUACAAAAUUUGUCUAGGACCAAACAAAAAUAAUAAACUACAUAUAACCAAUUUUGAUGAAAAUGGGGUUUCAAGUAGUUUCGGGCUUAUUACAUUGUUUUAUAGUGUACUCCCUAGCAUUUGAAGAUUUUAUUUAUGUUUACGGCCAGGGCAAUAAGGAAAUGACGGAGCAAGGAAGGGUCCAGUAUCAGAUGAUAAGAGAAAGGGGUAGACUUCCAAAAUAUGGUCCAUGUUGGAAAUCUGCUCUCGAUCACUUAGAUGAGGGGUGCAGAACCCUCUCAGAAGAUACUCAGAGUGACAUUGCCCUUCAUAUCACAAACUGCUUCCUAGAAAUGUCUGGACAUGAAACUUACAAUUGCCAGUUAGAUAAAAAGCCCAACUUAAGAGGCAUAUGCAUCAAUAGUAUGUCUGACAGGGCAUUUAAUGUUUACACAGAGUUCUACACUCACACACAAAAUAUUUGUUGGUUUCUCAGAGGGCAAAUCUGGCAUGAGACUAUUGCUGAGAAUACUUUAAAGGUUGGUAAACAGUUGGAGUUGUCUGCUGAGCAACAAGAGGCUUUAAUAAGGGUACAGCAAAGGAGUAUUGAGAUGCAGGAGAGGAUGGUUGAGCAGGGGAUGUUUUUGGAGAAGGUUUUAGAAGAUGUGUAUGUUUCUACUAAGGCACAUCAAGAGAUUUUAAAGGUAUUAAGUCAAACAGUAUCUAGCCUCCAAACCUGGUUAGUGGGAGAAAUCUCAUGGAUUGACACCAUAUUAUUCAACACAAUUGCCUUAAUUCUUAUAGUUCUUUUAACUUCUUCACAAAGAACUGUGUCUGCGAGGCUACCCCUUUUUAUGCUUUUAUUCUUAAACUUGAUCACAGAAAGAAUAAUUUGUAAUUUAUACACCAAAUAUGCCAUUCAGAUUCACACAUCUAAUCUUUAUUUGAAUUUAUAUAAUUUUGUGUGGUAUUGCCGUUAUGCCUUUACCUUCCUGGGGGCAGUAAUUUAUUUAUAUUUAGUACUGACUUAUCAAGAUAUUAUGCAACAAAAUUUAUGCAUUUUGGAUAGCAUUAAAAAGCAAAACCAAGACAUUUUAAGGUCAGUAGAAAAGUUUUGCAAAGGCAACACUCCUCCAGAGCUCAUCACUUCCACUACAGUGGAUUAUGAGAAUGAGCAAAAUAGAUAUUUUUCUGAUUUGGAGAGCAGCUACAACUACAGCAAGAAGAAGUUUCUAAAGGAGAACAGUAGUGAGUCAGAAGUUCCUAAAAAAAAGUUGUUUGAAUCUCAAAGUAGAAGAUAUCAUUUAAGGAAUCAUAGUAGGCAAGGAACUCCAGAUUCUGGUGUAAUGCAUUAGGUGUAAUUUUUUUGUAGUUGAUAGAUUAUUUUGAAUUGGUAGUAACCAAAAUACCAAUUUGUGUGUUGCAAGCUCUUCUACCUCUUAAUGUUUUUUUCCAAGCAGCUUAUUAUGAUAUUAAUUUAAUGAAUUAUGAUAUUUAGUUUUACUAUUAA